UAUGGGGGGCAGCCUGGGUGGGGUGCUUGGGCAAGAGCAUCAUCCUGCGAAUGCGUCCUGGGGCCUGAGAACAUAGCGCCCAUGGUGGGGCGUCUUGGGGAACACUGCCCAUCUCGUGCCCCUGCUUCCCUUCCACCUCACCCAUUCUGGCUUAUCCCACAGGAAAGCAUGAAGGGAGACACCAGGCAUCUCAGUGGAGAGGAGGACGCCGGCGGGAGGGAAGACUCCAUCCUCGUCAAUGGGGCCUGCAGUGACCAGUCCUCCGACUCACCCCCAAUCCUGGAGGCCAUCCGCACCCCCGAAAUCAGAGGCCGAAGAUCAAGCUUGAGACUCUCCAAGAGGGAGGUGUCCAGUCUGCUAAGCUAUACGCAGGACUUGACAGGCAAUGGCGACGGGGAAGAUGGGGAUGGCUCUGACACCCCAGUGAUGCCGAAGCUCUUCCGGGAAACCAGGACUCGGUCAGAAAGCCCAGCUGUCCGAACCCGAAAUAACAACAGUGCCUCCAGCAGGGAGAGGCACAGGCCUUCCCUACGUUCCACCCGAGGCCGGCAGGGCCGCAGCCAUGUGGAGGAGUCCCCCGUGGAGUUCCCGGCUACCAGGUCCCUGAGACGGCGGGCGACAGCAUCGGCAGGCACAUCAUGGUCGUCCCCUCCCAGCCCUUACCUCACCAUCGACCUCACAGACGAUACAGAGGACACAGAUGUGAUGCCCCAGAGCAGCAGUACCCCCUACACCCACCUAGCCCAGGACAGCCAGCAGGACGGCAUGGAGUCCCCGCAGGUGGAGGCAGACAGUAGAGAUGGAGACAGUUCAGAGUAUCAGGAUGGGAAGGAGUUUGGAAUAGGGGACCUCGUGUGGGGGAAGAUCAAGGGCUUCUCCUGGUGGCCCGCCAUGGUGGUAUCUUGGAAGGCCACCUCCAAGCGACAGGCCAUGUCGGGCAUGCGGUGGGUCCAGUGGUUUGGCGAUGGCAAGUUCUCCGAGGUCUCUGCAGACAAACUGGUGGCACUGGGGCUGUUCAGCCAGCACUUUAAUUUGGCCACCUUCAAUAAGCUCGUCUCCUAUCGAAAAGCCAUGUACCAUGCUCUGGAGAAAGCUAGGGUGCGAGCUGGCAAGACCUUCCCCAGCAGCCCUGGAGACUCAUUGGAGGACCAGCUGAAGCCCAUGCUGGAGUGGGCCCACGGGGGCUUCAAGCCCACUGGGAUCGAGGGCCUCAAACCCAGCAACACGCAACCAGAGAACAAGACUCGAAGACGCACAGCUGACGACUCAGCUGCCUCUGACUACUGCCCCCCACCCAAGCGCCUCAAGACAAAUUGCUAUAACAACGGCAAAGACCGAGGGGAUGAAGAUCAGACCCGAGAACAAAUGGCUUCAGAUGUUGCCAACAACAAGAGCAGCCUGGAAGAUGGCUGUUUGUCUUGUGGCAGGAAAAAUCCCGUGUCCUUUCACCCUCUCUUUGAGGGGGGCCUCUGUCAGACAUGCCGGGAUCGGUUCCUCGAGCUGUUUUACAUGUAUGAUGAUGAUGGCUAUCAGUCUUACUGCACUGUGUGCUGUGAGGGCCGAGAGCUGCUGCUCUGCAGCAACACAAGCUGCUGCCGGUGCUUCUGUGUGGAGUGCUUGGAGGUGCUGGUGGGCACAGGCACCGCGGCCGAGGCCAAGCUGCAGGAGCCCUGGAGCUGCUACAUGUGUCUCCCGCAGCGCUGUCACGGCAUCCUGCGGCGCCGGAAGGACUGGAACGUGCGCCUACAGGCCUUCUUCACCAGUGACACGGGGCUUGAAUAUGAAGCCCCCAAGCUGUACCCUGCCAUUCCCGCAGCCCGAAGGCGGCCCAUUCGAGUCCUGUCUCUGUUUGAUGGAAUCGCAACAGGCUACCUAGUCCUCAAAGAGUUGGGCAUAAAGGUGGGAAAGUACGUCGCCUCCGAAGUGUGUGAGGAGUCCAUCGCUGUUGGAACCGUGAAGCACGAGGGGAACAUCAAAUACGUGAACGAUGUGAGGAACAUCACAAAGAAAAAUGUGAGGGCAGUCUGUACCCUGUGGGCCAUGUCUCUUCCUGUGCUCCCCAGUCCUCCACACCCUGAAACCUGCAUGUAGGCCCCAUCCCUGAGACCCCAGGGCACUGUGGUUGAAGAGAAUCUGUGGUUGGCCUGGUGUGAUGGCUCAUGGCUCACACCUGUAAUCUCAGCACUUUG